GCUCUCAGAGCGUCAGUCAGAAACAGUCUCUCUCCCCUGAAGACGCGCAGCACUGAAGCAUGACGGGGCUCCUGCUCCUGUGUCUGCUCCUCCUGUGUGAAGGUCAGAGGUCAUCAUCGUGCCCUCACCUCUGCUCCUGUCACGGUGGUCUGGUGAACUGCAGCAGCAGGUCUCUCACCUCCUCCUCGCUGCCCACCAGUUUCCCUGCCGGGACCACCGAGCUCCGUCUGGACACCAACCUGCUGACCACGCUCCCUAACGGCCUCCUGGACAACUUGACCCCCCUCAGCUCUGUCUCUCUUCAUGGUAACCCCUGGUCGUGUGACUGUGGCGUCCUCUACCUGCGAGCCUGGCUUCUGCGUCGGCCCGCCGGCCUCACGUCCCACCUGGGCGUCAACUGCAGCUCCCCCCCCAGCUUGAGAGGGCGACUGGUGGUGUAUCUAACCGAGGAGGAGGUGCUGGAGUCCUGCCACUACUGGUACUGCGACCUGGCCUGGGCCUCCCAGGUGUGUCUGUUUGUGUUUGUGGUGGUGCAGGUGGUUCUGCUCGUGGCCCUGAUCGUGUUCCUGAGGAGAUUCGAGAGGUUGACCAAAGAAGCGAGGAGAACCAAAGAGGAGAGCUUCACAGCCGGGGAGGAUCCGAGGGAGAACGAGUACUCACUUAUGAAGGACAGCAGCAUCUGAGCAUGAUGACAUGCACAACUUCCUGUCUUUUUUUCAGUCUUAUCAUUUUUCCUCCAAGUGUUAUCAUGUGGGAGAAACGCUUCCUGUCUUCAUGUGAAAAAUUCGUCUUAUCAUAUACAUAAUGAUAUCAAGAAUAAUAUUUGUUGAAUAAAAUGUUAAAUAUGUAGAGAGUGGUACAUUUAACACUUCUUCUUCUCUAGUGAACAAAGUAUGUAAUGACAUUUCUAACUCCUCAUACAUAUUUAACAUUUGAGAACUUAACCACUACUUAACCAGUCAAAAAUAUUCUUUAACGGCUGAUUAUCGUAUUACUGGGACAUUGCAACCAACUGGGACUGUAGUCACGUCAAUUAUAAUGCAAUUAUACAGUCAUGCCCCUCCUCUCUGUGACUUGUAUUUGACAUGUUUACAGUAUAAAGUAACAUAGUAUAUUUAGAUAUGCACAGUAAAGUAUAUAAAUUUGAACUGAUUUCACUCACUUCCAUUAAAAUAUUUGAAUUCAGAUGUGAAAUAUGUGAUACCAUAUGUUCAUGCCACACAAUGAUCACACAAAGAAACCAGACAGGAACUUUCUACCUGAACCAAAACCCACGUGUUUGAAUGAUCAGAUUUCAGUUUCCUUUCUUCACAGGAUGUCUCGGUUUAAUUCUUUUUUUCUGUGCUCCUACUCAAGACUUUCAGUCGCUUUAUUUAUGGAUGUGAGAGGAAUUAAAAUAAUAAUAAGAGCUUGAAUAAGAAAUGGUUAUGUUAAUUUUAUGUUUUUCUGAUGGCCCUAUAUUUUAUUUCAGAUUAAGUCAUUUGCAAUUUUCUAUAACCUUGUGUGUAAUUUCUUCUUCAUAACAAUAUCAACUUAUAUUGACUGUACCAUGUUUAGACCACUUAUAAUUUAGACAU